UCGCCUGUCUUGGUUGGAAAACUCCGGAGUUGGCUUCUCCUUGGAUUAUCCCACCAUAAGUUUACAUGCCGUCUCCAGGGACCUGAAUGCCUACCCAUGGGAGCACUUGUACGUCAUGGUGAAUGCCAAAUUCGAAGAGGAGGAGACAAAAGAGGCUCCCAUGGCUGAAGGGGAGGAAGAGGAGGAAGACAGCGAUGACGAUGUUGAACCAAUCGCAGAAUUCAGAUUCGUACCUAGCGACAAAUCAGCAUUGGAAGCCAUGUUUUCAGCAAUGUGUGAAUGCCAAGCUCUGCACCCAGACCCAGACGAUGAAGAUUCAGACAACGAUUAUGAAGGGGAGGAGUACGAUGUUGAGGCCCACGAGCUAGAACAAGGUGACAUCCCGACCUUUUACACUUACGAAGAAGGAUUGUCACAUCUAACUGCAGAAGGUCAGGCCACUCUGGAGAGGUUAGAAGGCAUGUUAGCCCAGUCUGUCAGCAGUCAGUACAACAUGGCUGGAGUGAGAACAGAAGACUCAAUAAGGGAGUUUGAAGAUGGGAUGGAGGUGGACAUAGCACCAGUAGUUGCGGGGCAGUUUGAAGACGCUGAAGUCGAUCAUUGAGGAGGACGUAUGCUGCUAUUCCUCUUGUGGCACUUCCAGAAUAAGCUGUAAAACUGAAGGCAUUGCAGUGACUAUCGGGAGUUAACCUUUCUUUUAAUGACCUAAGCUUAGACAUCUUGGUCUAUAAAUGCUUUUAUAGAUGUUUAAAACAGGGUUUGACAUUUGUGACCACUAUAGGGUUAUUUAAAAACAAAACAAAAAACAAUAAAACCUCUUGCAUCUAACACUUGAAUGGGGCUAAUCAGGGGUCGUUUCAAAGAAGCCUUUGUAGGAAUUCUAGGACUUCAGAAGUAAAACUAAGUAGAACAGAAUUUUAGAUUGUCCUAGAAUUUUCCAUAUUUUUGUACCUAUUCA